GACAAGUGACAGCUAUUUUAUAAACAUCAAAAAAGAGCAUCAGAAGUUGACGGGGUUGCUUGCGAAUGAUUGUGAGACGAAAUGAGCAUAAUCAUUUCGCUGUUUUGAGUUGCUACCUUGCAACGACAAUGAGAUGUUAACUUAGAUCUGUGUGACGUGAGCCGCUGAACGUGAUCCACUUUUUUUCGCGAAGAACGCUCCCGAUCGUAAACAAUCAGCUUCCCUCACAUAAGCAUUAGCAUCGUUCAGUAUUUUUUUUUCUCUUGGUUAUUGUUGUCGAGACUAUGACAAGUAACAAUUUUUCCUAUAACGUGGAAAUGGUCAAAGAACUGGAAAGUUGUGCUGAGGGGUUACAUUUGAGAACAACUUGUCGAACUUGCUGUUCAACGUUCUCUAGCGAGGAACCGUUUACAUACCUAUUUGAUACUGCAUCACCAGCGAUCGAUACUAGUCAAAACAUUAGCGAAGAAGUCAUUUCUUUUAAUUUAGAUAUUACCAAAGAUGAUGGCCUGCCCCAACAAAUAUGCUUAGAUUGCACCCAGACAUUCAUUGCUAUUAAAGAAUUCCGCGAGAGGUGUAAGAAAGUACAAGAAUUGCUAUUCGCUUAUUUCAGGACUCAAGAAACUCUUUCUGUCAAAACAAUGGAGCUCGACAGCACAGUAGCUGUUUGCAAAGUUGAGAGUGAUACAUCGGAUGACAGCUUUUGUUCUGAGAACGCAAAUGAGGAUUGCGAGUACAACGAUCCCAGCGUAGAAAACGCUGAAGAGCAGAAUCCCAAUGAGAAUUUUUACCCGCCUGAGCACUUUUGUGCCAAUAUUAAGACUGAAGUUUCAAUUGAUGAAGAAGGUGUGUCCACUUACGACUUGAAUAGUAAACCUUUAUGUGCAAACUGCCAUAAGGAAUUUGACAACUAUGAGCAACUUUCCACACAUUACGAAACUUGCUCCACGCAUUCCGAAAACUUAAACUUUACUGACAGCAAUGAUGGCAAAGACCCAACAGAAAUAAAGUUCCCUUGCACGAUUUGUGGCAAUGAGUUCACAGACGAAUUAGAAUUUGUAAAUCAUUUACAAGCUCAUGCCUCAAAUAAUCUAAUCGCUUGUAAUAGGUGUGGCCGAAAUUUCAGUUGUCCGCGAGCUUUAAAGAAGCAUUUUUUACGUAUGCACGAGAGAUCUGAUCACGAGUGUUCGAUUUGCAAGGAAAAGUUCACGAAUGAACAUCGAUUCAAGUAUCACAUGCGAACGCAUGACCCUAGCAAGCUCUUUCAUUGCACAGUUUGCGGCAAAUCAUUCAUGGCCGUGCAUCACUUGAAAGCUCACGACCUCAUGCAUAAGGACAUUCGACCGUUUUCUUGCGAUACUUGCGACAAGAAGUACAGAGACAAGAGAAGUUUGGAAACGCACAUGCGAAAACAUAGUGGGGAGCGUCCUUAUGUAUGCCAUAUCUGUAAGAAAGACUUUGCCAUUCGGACUUCAUAUGUCCUGCAUGUACGAAAGCAUGAACAUGCUUUCAAAGAGAUGGAGGAGAAUGGAGGUGAUGUACAGCUUCGCGGACAGGACCUAUCCACAUUGCAAGCAUUCCCUUAUAAGUGUUCCAUAUGCUCUCAGGGAUUCAAGGUGGCCUAUUCGUUGGCGGCCCACUUUGAUAAACAUUCGGAAGUUCGCGGAUUUGAUUGUGAAGAAUGCGGGAAAGCCUUCAAAAAUCGACCGAGUUUGAAACAACACGUGAGACUGGUUCAUCUAAAGAUCAAAAAGUAUUUUUGCGAAUUCUGUAGAAAGAAAUUCACAUUACCAGAGGAGUUGAAAUCGCAUAAACUUAUUCAUCGUGAUGAAAAGCCAUUUAAAUGCGAAGUGUGUGGGAAAUGCUUCAGACGUAAAAACGGACAUGUAGCGCACAUGCGAGUGCAUAAUGGCGAUAUCUAUACUUGCGAAAUCUGCGGCAAGAGCUGCAAAUCUCAUUCGCGAUUAUCAGAUCAUAUUAUGACUCAUACCAGUGCCGAACGACAGGAGGUCCAGAGACGCAUUGAAGAAGCUGCUUUUAAAAAACUACCGCUUGAAGUUUCUUGUAGUUCGAAUGUAAUUAAAGAUAUAAAAAUUGACCCAGACCUCACGGAAUAGCAACAAUAGAUAAACGAUAUUAGUGAGACUAAUUUCAAUGAUCGAUUCGUAUUCCUAUUAAUGCCGGUGAGAAUUACGCUUUUAUUUACAUUUACUACAGAUCUCUGGAAAUAUGAUUUAGUGGAAGUAGAAACUGAAGAAUAAAAUAUGCCGAAAUAAUUUAAUAGUCCA